AUGCAGUAUACCACCCUCAAGCUUGCCGUCCUGUCGCUGCUGGCGGCCAACGCCGCAGCCAAGACAAUCCGUGUGGACAUCAACGGCAAGACCUUCUCGCCAGACAACGUCAAAGCCGACCGGGGAGACAUGGUCGAGUUCCACUUCUCCAAAUCCAAGCACAGCGUCGUCGCUGGUAACUACGACAAGGCCUGCUCCCCCGUCGGCUCCGGCGGCUUCUACUCGGGCACCGUCCAGGCUAAGGGUGAUGAGCCGAGCGUCUUCCGGGUCAACGUAACCACGACCGACCCCAUCUUCUUCUACUGCUCCGUCGGCAACCACUGCAAGGAUGGCAUGGUCGGCGCCGUGAACCCCAGUUCGGACAAGACUGUCGACAAGUUCCGGAGCGCGGCCAAGUCGGCUGGCGGCAACAUCAGCCCCGAUGCCGCAUUUGGCGGCACCCUGGUCAAGCCCAGCGAGGGCACGGCCCCUACCCCGAGCCCCGGCGUGACCGGCGCGGCUGGGCACCUGACGACUUCAUUUGGUGCCCUCGGAGCUGCUGCCGCCGCCGCCGCCGCUUUCCUUGCAUAA